CUUGUAGCUGCAGUUUUCUUGUGUUUUGCUCUGGACCGCUGACUGCCGAAGGCGUUCGGAUUUCUUUGGUUUCGUCUGACAGCAUUGCUUCCUGAGGUAUACAAUGGCCCUGAACGAGAUGGAAGACAACGAACCUGACACAGAUGCUGAAGUGCUAGCUUGUGGGAAUGUGCUUGAAUCCUUCACAGAGAGUCAAGAGGUCCGAGGGUUAAUAUCCAGUCUGUGCGAUAUUCAUGGGGACCUGACUGCCAAGGAGAUGGCAACUGAGAAAUUUUUUGUUAUUAUGGACAAAUACCAGGAGCAGCCACAUCUUUUGGACCCUCAUUUAGAAUGGAUGUUGAGCUUGCUGCUUGAAAUCAUUCAAGAUGAAAAUUCUUCACCAUCUUUGAUUCAUUUAGGAUUUAAAUUUUUGUAUCGUGUCUCAAAGGUGCGUGGUCCUAAAUAUUUUCUUAGAUUAUUUCCUCAUGAAGUUUCAGAUGUGCAGCCAGUUUUGGACAUGCUCUCUUUACAGGAUCCAAAGGAUCAUGAGACUUGGGAGACUCGAUACAUGCUUCUGUUAUGGCUGUCUACAACGUGUCUUAUCCCAUUUGACCUGGCUCGACUUGAUGGAAACCUUGCUUCAACAGACUACCCAACAAAAGUGCCUAUCAUGGACCGAAUUCUCUCCCUUGCAAAGUGCUAUUUGACUGUCAGUGACAAGGCCAGAGAUGCAGCUGCAGUUCUUGUGUCAAAGUUGGUGAUCCGUCCAGACGUCAAGCAAAAGAGACUUGCAGACUUUCUUGACUGGAACCUCUCAACCUUCGCUCAGGCCUCCUACCAGACGAUGGAAGGCACUAUUAUAAUGGAUGGCAUGUUGCAGUCACUGGCUCAGCUGUUCAAACAUGGGAAAAGAGACGAUAUGCUGCAUUAUGCUCCCACCGUGUUAAAGUGCCUUGAUAACUCGAACCUCUCAGAAAGCAACCAGACCAUUUUGCGUAAACUGGGGGUGAAGCUCAUGCAGCGAUUGGGACUGACCUUCCUGAAGCCAAAGAUUGCCAAGUGGAGGUACCAGCGGGGAAACAGAUCUCUGGCUGCCAAUCUUGGAAAGCCAAUUCCAGUGGAGCCUAUCGCAGAUGUGAGCAAGGCAGUCCUUGACCCCGAUGAUGAAGACUAUGAUAUUCCAGAGGAAAUUGAGAAUAUAAUUGAACAACUGCUAGUUGGAUUAAAAGACAAGGAUACCAUAGUGCGGUGGUCUGCGGCAAAAGGCAUCGGCCGAGUCACUUCAAGGCUUCCGAAGGAGCUGGCUGACGAGGUGGUUGGCUCGGUGCUGGACUGCUUCAGCUUCCAGGAAACGGACAAUGCUUGGCAUGGGGGAUGUCUAGCACUAGCGGAACUUGGCAGGAGAGGACUGCUGCUACCGUCACGCCUGCCAGAUGUGGUUCCUGUCAUCCUUAAAGCCCUGAUCUAUGAUGAGAAAAGAGGCGCUUGCAGUGUGGGCUCCAAUGUCCGAGAUGCAGCCUGCUAUGUCUGCUGGGCCUUUGCUCGUGCCUAUGAGCCUUCAGCAUUAAAGCCAUUUGUGAAUCAGAUUGCCAGUGCCCUGCUUAUCGCUGCUGUAUUUGAUCGCAAUGUGAACUGCAGGAGGGCGGCAUCGGCUGCCUUCCAGGAAAAUGUUGGGCGGCAGGGUACCUUCCCACAUGGCAUUGAGAUUGUCACCGCGGCAGAUUACUUUGCUGUUGGGAUUCGGACAAACUGCUUCUUAACAAUCAGUGUGUAUGUGGCCAGCUUUGCAGAGUAUACCAAACCCAUGAUCGAUCAUUUGGUGGACAAGAAGAUCAAUCACUGGGAUGGGGCAAUUCGAGAGCUGGCUACCAGAUCCCUGCAUAACCUCACUCCACUGGCUCCAGAAUACAUGGCACACACAGUUAUACCAAAGCUGUUGCCCUUGACUGUGGGUAUGGAUCUGCACACCCGUCAUGGAUCAAUCCUGGCAUGUGCAGAAAUUACACACGCACUUUACAGACUGGCAGCAGCACAGGACAGGAGUGUGGGUGCCUACCUGUCCGACGAGGCUCUGGAAGGGCUAAGAAACAUUCAUUACAAGCUUGCAGAGAGACAGCUGUACAGGGGGCUUGGUGGCGAAUUAAUGAAGCCCGCAGUGUGCUUGCUGAUAGAAAAGCUCUCCUCGUCUCAGAUCCCCUUUAAGGAGGAUGCUAUCAUUAGAGAAUGGCAAAGGCUUAUUGAUGACAGCUUGAAGAACCUGCACCUGUGCUCUGCUGCUGCCAAGCCGAAGAUUAAGGAUGCUGCCGUUUCUGCCCUUGCAGCUUUAUGUAAUGAAUUUUAUAAGCGUGUAGAUGGAACUGCCAUCGUCGAAGUGCAGGAGGCUCUAGUGAGCCGGUACGUCUCGGAGCUGGAGAAUCCCGAGGAGAUGACUCGUUGUGGCUACGCUCUGGGCCUGGGGGCGCUGCCUCACUUCAUGCUCCAUGGAAGACUAGUGCAGGUGCUGGAAGGUUUGCGGAAAGCUGCCAGCAUCCGUGCCAAAGAUGCCCGCUUUGCUGAAGCUCGUCGAGAUGCUCUUAUUGCCAUAGCACGGGUUUGUGAAUCGGCAGGAGUGAGUCCUCAAGGCCCAGCUGAUUCCGUUGUGUGUGCGGGCAACGUACCCCUGAUAUACGGCACCCUGCUAGAAGGAGUCUGUGACUACACCGUGGACAGCCGAGGGGACGUGGGAGCGUGGGUGCGGCAGGCUGCCCUGACCAGCUUAAUGAAGGUGACGGUGCUCCUCGUCCAGAACUGCCCAGAACUCAUCACGCCAGACAUCUCAUCCCGGAUGUUCUGCUGUCUGGCCCAGCAGUCCGCUGAGAAGAUCGACUGCUUCCGCGCGCACGCCGGCCACGUCUUCCUGACGCUUCUGCACUUUGAACAGCCUGUCGUGCCGCACAUUCCGUACCGGGAGGAGCUGUUAAAGAUUUUUCCCAGAACAGACAUUGAGACUCUGAACUGGAAUGCACCGUCCCAGGCCUUUCCUCGCAUCACACAGCUGCUGUCGCUGCCCAUCUACCAGUGCCCGACUUUGCUUGGGCUCACCGUGUCAGUUGGGGGGCUAACAGAGUCCACGGUUCGCCACUCGGGUCAGUCUCUGUUCAGUUACCUGGAGACCAUCAAGCAGGACAGAAGAGCCCUGACCGAGUUCUGCAGCACCCUGCUGCGUAUCUUCAGGGAUCAUCAGCGCAACGACAGGGUGUCCAUCCCCCUGCUCAAGAUGCUCGACCAGAUGUUAGCCAAUGGAUGCUUUGAGGUUUUCACAGCAGAAGACAAUCACAGCUUCAGUGUUGACCUGCUUGGGCUCUGCAAAGAGGAAAUCAAGAAGUCCAAGGACAUCCAGAAGCUUCGCUCCAGCAUAUCCGUGUUUUGUGGACUGGUGCAGUUCCAGGGGGACAUUAGGAAGAAGGUGCUUUUCCAGCUCUUGCUGCUCCUCUGCCAUCCCUUCCCUGUGAUUAGAACAACUACAGCCAGUCAGCUAUACGAGACCCUGCUGAUGUAUGAUGAUGUCAUUGAGCCCGAGGUGAUAGAUGAGGUGAUGACGAUCCUCAGUGACACUAACUGGGAAGCUGAACUGCCAGAGGUCCGAGAGCAAAGGAAUCAGCUGUGUGAGCUGCUGGGGGUGCAGAAGCCCGUCUUGGGCACUCAGAAACCGUCCUAGUCAGAGAUGGAGUCUGACCCACGGGCCCCUCGUGCUGCUGCUGCCCGCUGGACCGUGAUGAGGACUGCUUUUUUUUUUUUCUUUUUCUUUUUUUAAUGUAAAGCCUUUGAUUUCAAAUUAAAUUGUUGUACUCGCCUGGAGCAGG